UUCUGACCCGUCACUAGAGGAGGCGGAGACAGACAGGAGGCGCGCGCUAUGAUGACGUCUUUAUCCCUCACGUGUGUAUUGGAGACUAGAAGUGAAGUUAGUGGCCUCUAAUUCUCAGUGUAGCCCAUACAUUUUAGGCAUUACCUGUAGUGAACAUAUAUGUGGUUAGAGAAACCGCGGGGAGAGAAGCCAAAAUGAGGGAGACCCCGCUGUCCAACUGUGAGAGAGCCUUCCUGCUGCAGGCAAUCACUGAAAGGAAGCGUAUUGAUGGCCGACAAACCUACGAUUACAGAAAUAUUAAGAUUUCCUUUGGAACAGAGUAUGGCUGCUGUAUUGUUGAGCUUGGCAAAACCAGGGUUCUUGGCCAAGUGUCAUGUGAACUUGUUGCCCCCAAGAUGAACAGACCUACUGAAGGAAUUCUUUUCUUCAACCUUGAACUCUCGUCUAUGGCAUCACCUGCUUUUGAGUCAGGAAGGUCAUCUGAACUGCUGGUGAAGCUCAACAGACUGCUGGAGAGGUGCUUGAGGAAUUCCAAAUGUAUUGACACUGAAUCACUUUGUGUUCAAGCAGGAGAGAAGGUGUGGCAGAUUCGUGUUGAUCUACAUCUGUUAAAUCAUGAGGGCAACAUAAUCGAUGCAGCAAGUAUAGCAGCCGUGGCAGCCCUAUGUCACUUCAGGAGGCCGGAUGUAUCUGUGCAAGGAGAAGAAGUCACAGUGUACUCUCCAGAAGAAAGAGACCCUGUUCCUCUUAGCAUCCACCACAUGCCCGUUUGUGUCAGCUUUGCCUUCUUCCAGCAAGGAACGUUUUUGCUGGUGGACCCUAAUGAACGCGAAGAGCGUGUCAUGGAUGGUCUUCUGGUGAUUGCCAUGAAUAAACACAGAGAGAUUUGUACCAUUCAGUCAAGUGGAGGGAUCAUGCUGCUGAAAGAUCAGGUAUUGAGAUGCAGUAAAGUAGCCGGUGUGAAGGUAGCUGAGAUAACUGAGCUAAUCCACAAAGCCAUGGAAAAUGACAGAAAAGUCAGAAAAGAGGGAGGCAAAUUUGGUUUUGCAGAGUCCUUGCCUGACCAAAAAAUAACUGCCUUAAAAAUUGAAAAAAUUCUCGUGGAUACAUCAGAUGUUGAAGUGAAAGCCGAGGAAAUUAUUUCUAAAUCGGAGCCACCGUCUGAUGUAGUGUCAAAGCCAGUUGUGUGGGCUGCUGGUACUGCCCAAAUUGGAGAAGGCAUUGGAAAUGCAUGGGGUGAAUUGGAGAUGUCAGAAGAUGAGGAAGAUGAAGAUGUUGACACUGCCUCAUCAUCUCCGGAGAGCCACACAGUUCUUGAAGAACCUGCAAAGAAAAACUCUGAAGAGAUCAUAAUUUCUGACAGUGAGGAAGAAGAUGUAGUAAUACUGCAGCCAGAGUCUCUAGCUAAAGCCAGCUUACAGGCCACAGAUUCAUAUAAAUCAUCUUUGAGCAAAACAGCUAGCGGUAAGAAGAAAAAGAAGAGAUCUGCCCACUGAGGGUGCUACAUUAUCGUGCCACAUAAUUAUGCAGUGACCUGGUGCGCUAUUUCAGGACUUUUUUUUUUUUUUUUAAAUGUAUGUAAAAGCCUGACGAGUGGCAUGUUUCAGAGGCCAGAAGAGCUAAUGUGUUGGAUAUAAACUGCUAUUUUUGUACUGUUAUCUUAAAAAUACAUAUACCCUUUGUAUUAUUAA